UUUGGCUAAUUUCACACCUUUUUCCUCCAAUUAAACACUCUCUCUCCUAGCGAUCGGUAAAAAGUCUAGCACUUUCGCAUAUUAUUCUACUACAUAUUUUUUUCCAGUUAUUAUAACAACAAACUUGAUACCCGUUAAUCCGUUAUUCCUACCCUCCUAGUGCGACGAUCCAACGCCGACGGAAAACUCCACCACUCCGUGUUGCAGUUGUAAUGGAUAAGUACAGAGAAGUAAAGGUGACAAAAUUUGAGGAAUUUGUUGAUCGUCGGUUGAAGCCUGAUCUUGUUAAGGCCAUUGCUGAAAGGGACAAGAUUUUUGAACGACAGAAGAUAUUCUCAGAUUUGAAGAGGAACAUACAGAAUUUGGAAAAGAAUAGUGUAAGCAGCCUCAAGACAUUAGUUAAUCUUGGAUCUGAAGUGUACAUGCAAGCGGAAGUCCCUGACACACGCCGCAUAUUUGUAGAUGUUGGAUUGGGAUUUCAUGUUGAAUUCACCUGGUCUGAAGCCUUAAAUUACAUCGCAGCAAGGGAGGAACGGCUAGCCAAGCAAAUAGAGGAAUAUACUCGUAUGAUAGCAUCAAUCAAAGCUCAAAUUAAGCUGGUUUGUGAAGGGAUACGAGAGUUGCUUCAGAUUCCGGUGGAGUAAUACCUUUUUUCUAGUGGUUCUUUUGAGGAAUCUCUCCUGAAGUCCUGGACAUAUAGCAUUAUGGAUGAUCUACUUUCAGUCUGGAGUGAGCUUCUUUCAGGAUUAAUCGUUGGCACUUAUCAAAUCUCUAAAGUGAUAGAAAUGUAAAGAUCAGAGCGAAUGACAAAGUGAUUAUGUCUGCUAAUUUAGGUUUUGUGAUAUUAGUUUGCUUGUUAGAAAAGCACCAUAUACAUUUUUCUAUCGAUUCAAUGAAUAAAAUGCCUUCUAGUGUGUUAUAAA